AUGAAGGCAGCCAUUAUCCUCUGUGCCAUUGUGGCACUCUCCGAGUGCCUCCUCAGGAUCCCUCUGAAUAAGGGGAAGACUGCUAGGGAGAGUCUGGAAGAGCAGGGCCUCUGGGAGGAGUACAGGCAGCAAUUCCCCUACAGACCAAUGGCCAAGUUCGAGGACUUUGCUGUGGGCACAGAGCAGAUGACUAACGACGCUGAUCUGGCUUACUUUGGGGUGAUCUCCAUCGGUACCCCCCCUCAGUCCUUCAGAGUGAUUUUCGACACUGGCUCUUCCAACCUCUGGGUGCCCUCUGUGUACUGCAGCAGUGCUGCCUGCAACAACCACCACAAAUUCAACCCCAGCCAAUCCUCAACCUUCAGGAAUACUGGAAAAUCCCUUCAGAUCCAGUACGGAACUGGAAGUAUGACUGGAUUCCUGGGCACUGACGUUGUUGCCGUUGGAGGUAUCCAAGUGCCUCACCAGACGUUUGGACUGAGCCAGAGCGAGGCUCCCUUCAUGGCUCACAUGCAGGCUGACGGUAUUCUGGGUCUGGCCUUCCCCCGCCUGGCUGCCUCUGGGGCUCAGACGGUCUUCAACAACAUGGUGCAGCAGGGCCUGGUGCAGGAUUACUUCUCUGUGUACCUGAGCAGCAACUCUGCGACUGGCAGUGAGGUGACCUUCGGUGGGUAUGAUCCCAGCCACUACACCGGCAACCUCGUCUGGAUCCCCCUGUCUUCUGAGACCUACUGGCAGAUCACUGUUGAAAGUAUGACCGUCAACGGCAAUGUUGUUGCUUGCAAUGGUGGAUGCCAGGCAAUUGUGGACACUGGCACUUCUCUGAUCGUUGGACCAAACAGUGACAUUUCAAGCCUCAACAACGCAGUUGGUGGUGCCUCUGUGAACUGCCAAAACAUUGCAAACAUGCCUGAAGUUACUAUUAACAUCAAUGGACAUGCUUUCACCCUGCCUGCAUCUGCCUACGUCCGUCAGUCCAACUACUAUGGCUGCAGCACUGGAUUUGGCAAUGGUGGGUCUAGCCUCUGGAUCUUGGGUGAUGUCUUCAUUAGGCAGUACUACACCAUCUUCAACAUGUCCAACAACUAUGUUGGUCUUGCCAAGGCUGUGUAAAACCAGCAGGUUCUGGUUGUGAUAGAAACAAUGAAAUCACUUGUAGCUGGAUUGAUUUUGGACCGACUGAAAGUAUUGUUAGUGCCUCAUGCUGAAAGAACACCUAGGUUAUUUAUAUCCAUAUCUAGUCUGCAUCAGCACCUGUAAACU